CAGGCUGCUCAUCCACUGAACAUAAUCAAGGAUACCAGGCACAGAGAACCAAACUAUUAUAUCAAAUCUAAACCUAAAAUGGAAGAAGCCAAAAGCCAAAGUUUGGAGGAAGACUUUGAAGGACAGGCCACACAUACAGGACCCAAAGGAGUAAUAAAUGAUUGGAGAAAGUUUAAAUUAGAGAGUGAAGACAGUGAUUCAGUUCCACCUAGAAAGAAGGAGAUUCUCAGACAAAUGUCUUCUCCUCAGAGUAGAGAUGACAAAGACUCAAAAGAAAGAUUCAGCAGAAAGAUGAGCAUUCAAGAAUAUGAAUUAAUUCACAGGGACAAAGAAGAUGAAAAUUGCCUUCGUAAAUAUCGUAGACAAUGUAUGCAGGAUAUGCACCAGAAGCUGAGUUUUGGGCCUAGAUAUGGGUUUGUGUAUGAGUUGGAAACUGGGGAGCAAUUCCUGGAAACCAUUGAAAAGGAGCAAAAAAUCACCACAAUUGUUGUUCAUAUUUAUGAAGAUGGCAUUAAGGGUUGUGAUACUCUAAACAGUAGCUUUACAUGCCUUGCAGCUGAAUACCCUAUAGUCAAGUUUUGUAAAAUAAAAGCUUCUAAUACAGGUGCAGGGGACCGCUUUUCCUCAGAUGUACUCCCCACACUGCUCGUCUACAAAGGUGGGGAACUCAUAAGCAAUUUUAUUAGUGUUACAGAACAGUUUGCCGAAGAAUUUUUUGCUGGGGAUGUGGAGUCUUUCCUAAAUGAAUAUGGGUUACUACCUGAAAGAGAGAUACAUGCCCUAGAUCAGACCAACAUGGAAGAAGAUACUGAAUAAAGAGUCAUUAUGUCAACAUCUCAUAUUUCUCCUUUAUAAGUUGAAUAUUGAUUUUGGUAGUAUCCAUAUUCCUUUAGAGAACACCAAAUAUGGCCAUGGUUAUUUUAAUUUGUGAGAAAAAAAAGAUUGACGCUAAAAUUAUUUUAUUAGCAUUACUUAAAUGAAUAGAAGGUUUUACUACAAAAUAUUGUAGUCUUCAGCAAUAUGUUAGUAGACAAAGAGGGUAUGAAUAAUAUUGUGACAGUUUUCAAAAAUCCCUUUCAAGUUAUGUGUUGGCUUUUUUACUCCUUGUUUUUUCCUCAGUGGUAUUAUUUGGACUUUUCAAAUUACAUUAUCAAUCAUAAUUUUGCUUGUGUGAUAAGAAUAAAGUCUCAUGAGGAAAUAAGUUUUCUAUUUGAAGUC